CCAGGAUCGAAUGCUGGGGUGGCGGAGAUCUUCAUGCUUCAUUGCAAUUGCAAUUGCAACCUGCCAUUUCAAAGCACGAGACGUCGCACCCGUGAUGGAUUCCAUGACGACACCCGUCUUGCUCAGGUGGUGGCAGCUUGGGCUGCACAUGGCUCUCAUGGUACUAGGCGUCUACCGCUUGUGGCUCAACUGGCACCGCGAUUAUGCCGCCAUGGCCUUGUACUUCUGCCUCGUCGUUGGGUCGAUAUGUGAACUUUCUAGCACCCUGCUGGUGCCGCCUUCGACUCCUCUAGCAUCCGCAGCUACCAUGGCUGGAGACGUCUUCUUUGUCACUGCGUACCUCCUGAUCAUGUACAACUGGUCUGUCAUUGCGAAACGAAUGGACACGUUGCGCACCACGACGGUGACGGCGCCUGUGGCUGUCGUGGCGUUUAUGGCCGUGUCUGGCCUUGCAUAUGUCUUUGACACUGUUGUAUUUGGCGUAACGUUGGCCAACCGUCCACCCAGUCGUAGCAACUACUACGCCACCAACAACACAAGCAGCAGCAGUAUCGUGUGUUGGCUACAAACUGGUACCCACGCUGGCGUCGCGACUGUAUCGUUGUUGGCCAUUGGACUGUUCCCAUAUUACGGCCACCGCAUGCGCGGUGUGUUGCGACGCGUGGGCGAAGACUCGCCGAAACGAUUGCGCAACAUUGCCGCUAUCGCUACGCUGGCGUCGUUGUACUUUGUGUGUCAUGGAAUCGGUCAAAUUCAAAGUACUUUGCUCGUGGCAAUGACUUGCCAAACGGGUGCUUCGGUGGAGCCAGACAGUCCCUGGCUGUCGUGGGUGUUUGAACUGGUCAAACCUGUGUGCGUUCUACUGCUCGUGACGUUUUUGCCCCGGAAACCAGCCCCAUCCAAGGCUGGCUACGUUCGACUAGGCUCGACGAAUGCAUGAUUUGAAUGCAAGCGAAUGGUCGCUAUUAUUAUUGGUACUCAUUGUCAAUACCCAUUGC